UGUGUAUGUGUGUGUGAGAGGUGAAUGUUUGAGUGUGUGCAGCAACAAUGUCUUCAGUUCAGUCUCUGAGAGAGUUUAUCAGCGAGCGACUAACUGCUGCUGCUGAAGAAAUAUUCACAGAGUUUGAAAAAACCAUCGUCCGGUACGAGGAAGAGAUCGAUCGUCAGCGCAGACUGCUGGACAUCAGCUGGAAACCUCAGAUACACCUGCAAAGAAUAGAACUCCCACAUCAUAUCUUCAAGGAGGAAAAGAUUCUCACUGAGCAGCAGCUCUGUAACCAGGAGAGGAACACCAUUUUGGACCAAGAAGAACCAGAACUUCCCAAGGAUGAACGAGAAUUUCUUGAGAUAAAAGAGGAGUUGGAGACUGAAACCUGUAUGGUAACUCCUGAUUUUAAUGAAAGAAACCACUGGGAACUGGAACCGAACAGGGACCAACUCCUUUCACAAAAUGCUCCAGAAGUGGAGAACCAAGAUCAGGAAAGAAGCAGGAAUGUAGAGCCAGGAUCCUGCAGAGAUGAAGAGCUGAAACAAAAUAAGACAAAUCUAAAAACUGCAAUUUAUGGUGACUAUGUGGACUGUCCAAACGUAAAGAUAGACCAAAAAACACCUUUAUUGUGUAUGACUUGUGGAAAAAAAAUACGAAACAAAUAUAAUUUAAGAGUUCACAUGAGAAAUCACACAGGUGAGAAACCAUUUUCAUGUCAGACCUGUGGAAAAGGUUUUAAUAAAAACUUUUAUUUAAUCAGACACAUGGUAACUCACACAGGUGAGAAGCCUUUCUCAUGCGAGACCUGUGGAAAAAGUUUUAAUCAAAACAUUGCUUUAAUCAGACACAUGGUAACUCACACAGGUGAGAAGCCUUUCUCAUGUCAGACCUGUGAAAAAGGUUUUAAUCAGAAAUUUGAUUUAAUCAGACACAUGAGAACUCACACCGGUGAGAAGCCUUUCUCGUUUACCAAACUAGACAACGUUUCAAAAACCACAUGA